GGCUCCAUUGUGCCCUCGGAGCGGGCGGCGGCGCGAUGGCGCGGGUGGUGGCGGCCGCGGCCCCGGGGCGGCGGGCGGCGCGGAGGGCGGGCUGAGCGCAUGGAGCGGCGCGGGCCGGGGGCCGCGGCGGCGAGGGGCCGGGCCGGGCCGGGCGGAGCCAGACCAGCUGAGUCCCACGUAAACAGCUGUGAGGACUACUUCCUGCCACCCGCAGACCCGGCCUUUAGGCUGCCCGAGGCCAAUGAACCCCAUGCACCCCGUAAAACCCGCCCUGCCCCCCACACCGCACGGUGAUGGUCCAUUUGCUUAUGAGCCGGUGCCUUGGCAGCAGAGCGCCACUCAGCCAGCAGGGUCGCUGUCUGUCGUCACGACCGUGUGGGGUGUCGGCAACGCGGCACAGAGUCAGGUUUUGGGGAACCCCAUGGGCCCUGCAGGGAGCCCCCCCGGCAGCUCUGUAAUGCCUGGUGUGGCAGGUGGUGGCCCUGCUCUGAACUCCGCACAGUGCCUCGGACAGCAGGCGUUUGGCGAGGGUGCUGCCAACAAGGGCUUCGUGCAGCAAGGAGUGUAUGGCCGCGGGGGCUACCCAGGGGGCCCUGGCUUCACGGCUGGGUAUGCGGGCGGCCCGGGGGGGCCAGGGGGCCUGGGUCUGCCCUCACAUGCCACACGGCCCUCCACCGAUUUUACUCAGGCGGCAGCAGCAGCUGCAGUGGCUGCUGCUGCGGCCACCGCCACGGCCACCGCCACGGCCACCGUGGCUGCCCUCCAGGAGAAGCAGAGCCAGGAGCUGAGCCAGUACGGAGCGAUGGGGGCUGGGCAGGCUUUUAACAGCCAGUUCCUGCAGCACGGAGGUCCCCGGGGGCCCAGCGUCCCUGGCAGCAUGAACCCCACCAGCGUGGGAGGGCUGCUGGGCCCCUCUGGCAUGAACCCCAUGGGCAUGAACCCCACCCGGGCAGCAGGCAUGGCACCCCUCUAUGCAGGGCAGCGCCUGCCCCAGCACGGGUACCCUGGGCCUCCCCAGGCCCAGCCACUGCCCCGACAGGGGGUCAAGAGAGCCUACUCCAGCGAGGUUUAUCCAGGACAGCAGUACCUGCCAGGAAGCCAGUACGGACCCAGUGCCACCCAGUACACGUCCGGUGCCGGGCCGCCCCCUGCCCCGUCCUCCUACCCUGGGCACCGGCUGCCCCUGCAGCAGGGUGUGGGCCAGUCCCUGUCCGCCUCUGGCCCAGCAGGACUGCAGUACAAGCCCACAGAGCAGUUCAACGGGCAGGGUGCCAACUUCAACGGGGGAAGCGUCAGCUACAGCCAGCCCGGCCUGAGUGGGCCCACCCGUUCCAUCCCUGGCUACCCCAGCUCCCCACUGCCUGGGAGCCCCACGCCACCCAUGACCCCCGGCAGCAGCGUCCCCUACAUGUCCACCAGCCAGGAGGUCAAAUCGCCCUUCCUGCCAGACCUCAAGCCCAGCGUGAGCUCCUUGCACCCAUCACCCCCCAGCAGCGGCCCGGGUGACGAGCUGCGGCUGACCUUCCCGGUGCGGGACGGGGUAGUGCUGGAGCCCUUCCGCCUGCAGCACAACCUGGCUGUGAGCAACCACGCGUUCCAGCUCCGGGACUCUGUCUACAAGACCUUGAUGCUGAGGCCAGACCUGGAGCUGCAGUUCAAGUGCUAUCACCAUGAGGACCGGCAGACCAACACCAACUGGCCGGCGUCGGUGCAGGUCAGUGUCAACGCCACCCCGCUCACCAUCGAGCGCGGCGACAACAAGACUUCCCACAAGCCGCUGUACCUGAAGCACGUGUGCCAGCCGGGCCGCAACACCAUCCAGAUCACGGUCACAGCCUGCUGCUGCUCCCACCUGUUCGUGCUGCAGCUGGUGCACCGGCCGUCCGUCCGCUCGGUGCUGCAGGGCCUCCUCAGGAAGCGCCUCCUGCCCGCGGAGCACUGUAUCACCAAGAUAAAACGCAACUUCAGCAGCGGCACCGUCCCCGGCACCCCUGGGCCCAACGGUGAGGAUGGGGUGGAGCAGACAGCCAUCAAGGUGUCCCUCAGGUGUCCCAUCACAUUCCGCAGGAUCCAGCUCCCCGCCCGAGGCCAUGACUGUCGCCACAUACAGUGUUUCGACCUGGAGUCCUACCUGCAGCUCAACUGUGAGCGGGGGACCUGGCGGUGCCCUGUGUGCAACAAGACAGCGCUGCUGGAGGGCCUGCAGGUGGACCAGUAUGUGCUGGGCGUCCUCGUUCACAUUCAGAAUUCUGACUACGAGGAGAUCACCAUCGACCCCACGUGCAGCUGGAAGCCGGUGCCCGUAAAGCCCGACGUUCACGUCAAGGAAGAGCCGGACGGGCCAGUGCUGAAGCGCUGUCGCACCGUGAGCCCCGCACAUAUGCUCAUGCCCAGCGUGAUGGAGAUGAUAGCAGCCCUGGGCCCCGCCGCUGCCCCCUUCGCCCCCCUGCAGCCCCCCUCGGCCCCGGCCCCAGCCCCUGGUGACUACCCCGGCCAGGUGCCAGCUCCCAGGCCUCACCCAACAUGGGCUCUGCUCUCAGGUUCCAGCUUCCUGGGACCCGGGACCUUCCCUGAGUCCUUCCCGCCUGCCACGCCCAGCACCCCGGCCCUUCCUGAGUUCACCCCGGGGCCACCCCCCAGCUCCUACCAGUCCGACAUUCCUAGCAGCCUCCUGACACCUGAGAAGUCUGUUCCCUGCCUCCCAGGCCAGAUGCCGCCAGCGGGUCACCUGGACCCUGCCCACAACCCAGGGGCUCCAGGGCUGCUCACCCCCAGCCUUGGAGGGGCCCCAGGGCCCCAGCUGCACCAUCCAAAUCCUCCCCCAGCAUCCCGGCAGCCCCUGGGCCCAGUGAGCUCAGGCCCCAUCGGCGAGUUGGCCUUCAGCACUGCCACAGGCGUGAUGGGGCCCCCCAUGUCUGGGGCGGGGGAGGCCCCGGAACCAGCCCUGGACGUGAGUACAGGCCCCAUGCCAGGGAGCGCAUGGGAGCUGGGGCUGGGGACGGUGUGUCCGUCGUCCCCAGGGUCCACAUGCUUCAUAGAAGGGAGGACACUGACGCCCUAGUGACCUUGAAGCCAGGACAGCUGGUCAGAUAGCGUCAGCUCUUUUGAUGAUGAGUGUCAGGUACCUGAGUAGCCGCGGGAUGACUCUGUCCAGGCAGUUGGCUACAGGAACCUGUGUAGAGUCCCCAAGAAGAUUGGGCUUGCAGAGGACCACACUGGCCUCGGUGUGGUUUGAGCUGACCCACAGGUGUCGCGUGAGCCAAAAUCAGUGCGUGCACUGCAGGUAAUGGUCUUUCUCUCUAAUAAACCGAACACCCUGAAGUUCAGCGGGAGAAAAUUAGAGCAGCUCAAAGCAGAAUAUCCCAGACACUGGAAACCCCACUUCUUGCAUUUGCUGUGUUCACAUCGGGGUCCCCACAUGGCCCCAUGCAUGCCCCCUGGGGCAGACGCUCUGUGUCCCAGGUUGUCCUUGGACAACUUGUAUGGAGUGAUUCCUGGUCAAAGAGCAGCCUUCGGCAGGGAGAGCCCCGUGCAGGCUGAGGGGCUCAGGCACAGGGUCCCCUGCAGGGGUGUGGUGGGCCUGAGGCCAAAGCUGCUGAUGGCUUUGCUUUGUCCCCAGCUGCUCCCAGAACUGACCAACCCCGAAGAACUGCUGUCCUACCUUGGCCCACCUGACCUCCCCACAAACAGCAAUGACGACCUUCUCUCUCUCUUCGAGAACAACUGAUCCUGUCGCCCCCGCCCAGCUGGCGGGGACACACCCGCAGAUGCCACCACACCCUGCCCCAGCCACCUGCCCACCACCCCCCUCGGACCGUGGAGGCAGCUGCGCUGGGUGGGAGGGGACCUCAGACACCCCGCCCCCGCCCAGCUCAGCCCCACCCCAUCCACCACCUGCUGCCCCUGACCCCAGCUGGGCCCCGUCCAUACACACCUGUGUCCCCAACCUCGCCCCUGGACCCAACCCCGCCUGCUCCCACCAGCCUGCAUCUUGUCCAGCGUUGACCCUUCUGUUGCAGUGACCCUGUGGCUCCCUGGCGAGGAGCAGGGCGGCCCUGUCCUGAGCCUGAUCUCGCAGUGGGAGUGGGUCCGUCUUCCCACCCGAAGCCUCAGACCAGGGCCAUGGGGUAGGAGGUCCAAAGCACAACAAUGUACAUAGUGUAGAAACACUAAGAGCUCUGGGCAAGCAGCCGGGGACCCCGCGGGCUCCUGCCCCUCCUGGGUGCAGACAGCGGGGCAGAUGGCCGUGAGCUUCGGUCUCCCGGGGGUGGGUGCCCAGACCCAGCUCUGUGUACAGACUCCAGCGGGCUGCCCGAGUACCCCUUUUCUGUGAACGUGAAGAAUUGGUCCCGCUGUGUUUUUUAAAACUGCCUCUCCCACGUCCACCCCAGGGCCAGGCCGGGUGGGGGAGGGGGGGCCAGUCGUGUCCCCUGUCUGCCAGUCUCUAUUAAAGGACUCCCUCAAGGUG